UAUCAUAAAAUAUACAACAAUGUUGUAAAAAUGCAUUCAAUUAGCUAAGGCAGCUUAAUUUUCACAAAUAGUGAAGUCCUACACAAGUUUGGCCUAACAUAAAUGGUUAGAUUAUGAUGAAACUCAUAAGGUAUUUAAAGAUCAAAUGAUUAUUAGAGAUCUCUCUAAACUCAUAAAAGCAGAGCUGAAGAAUUUAUUCACAAAAUACCUGUAAUAGAGGUGGAUUCUGAUGUUGUCAGAUGUUUGGUAAUCUAAAAUUUGAUUAAUAAUAAGGGAGGCACUCACAUCAAUGCAGGACAUCCUUAAGUCUAUAUCAAAUUGGAUACAAGAACAGAGGGCACACCUUAAACAUGCAAAUACUGUGGUUUAUAAUAUGUCAAGAAAGGCCAUGGAUCACACCAUCAUUGAGCAUCAAUCAUAAAUAUUAUAAUAAUUAAUAUAUG